AUGGUUUACGUGGACCAGAGGGACCUCGGCAGCUCACCCUAUUACGAUGCUUGGGCAAGAAGCAAGUCAAGUGAGCAGCUAUUGGAGGUUUUGGACUACUUGUGGGAAAAGUAUGUCCCACAGUGCCUGGCUUUUAUUCUGAACGAAAAAGGGAGAGACGACGAGGCUCCUUUGCCUGCUAAGUGCAUACAUCGAACGGACGUCAGCAUGGUUGCGCAGCUCUGCAAAGUCAUGGAUAUUAUGGUGCCAGACGCUCUUUACGCAGAGCCAAACCCAGAAAAGCUAGAAAACGCGUUCCUCUUCGCCUUGGUCUGGUCGCUCGGAGCGACUCUGAAGGGAGAGGAGCAACCGCGACUGGAUGUACUUUUGAAGACUCUCUCAGGCAAAGCGUCUAUAAGCCAAAGUCUAUUUGAUAGCUUUUAUGACCUGCAGGCAAACUCUUGGCUUUCGUGGGAGUCUAAGGUUCCCCAGUACAGUCCAGAAGCGGGUAUAUCUUUUACGAACAUUUUUGUCCCGACUACUGACACAGUCCGGGCAAUGUGGCUUUUGCAAGGCUUUGCUUCAAAAGCGCUUCCCACCCUUUUUAUUGGAGAGUCAGGUACUGCUAAAUCUAUGAUGACGAAGGGUUGGCUGAAUACCCUUGACAACGAGGAAUUCCUGCAACUGCAAAUGAACUUCAGUAAGGAUUACGCAAACCUCAAUGAGCGCAACUGA